AUGGCCGGCACAUCACUGCACUACUUCCACAAGCUCGAAGUGGAAGCACUAGCCCUGAUAGCAGAGGGAAACCUUCCCGGGUUAGCGCAGAAAGUGGAAGAGGCAAAGCAGCAAAGGAAAGAGUUAAUUGAGAUGGACAAAGAGAUAGAGCAAAAAGGCGAUGAGGUAGAGCAAGCGCUCAAAGAGCUACAUCAAAGGAUGAAAGAGCUAGAGCAAGUGGCAAAAGAGUUCGAGCAAAUGCGCAAAGAUAUAAAGCAAAUAGGCAAAGACAUAGGGGAAAUGGGCAAAGAGGAUCGCAAAGAGAAGCGCAAAGAGAUAGAGCAAAAGGGCAAAGAGAUAGAGCAAAAAUUCAGUGAAAUGGAGCAGAAAAAGAAAGAGAUAGGGCCAAUAUACCUAGGGAUGGAUCGAAAGAGCAUAGAGGUCAAGGAGAUGAGGAAAGAGUUCCUGCAAAAGGCAAGAGAGACACUGCAGAAAUACAGAGAGAUACAGCAAGAAUGCAACGAGGAGCGACAGCGACGUAAAGUAGCCUAAAAUAAAGUCCGCGAGGGCUGUUAGGAAACUGCUUUGACUCUCUAGAUAGUUACCUACAUC